AUAAUGCGAUAGUGUUGGUCUGUGCUUAGCACUUGAUAAAAGAUAGCGGUGACUGAACAGAUGUCAGUACUCACCCGCAGCCCGACCUGUCGGUUGACGGUCUCACGUAUCUCGCCCCGUGUGCAUCCGUGCAUCGUCCACGGCCAAGUAUUACGCUCUUGCGAUUGCGAUCCUCGAGAAAGUGAACGAUAACACGAAAGCCUGGAGACGCAAGCGAGACGUUUUACGCGAACGAGAUUGUGGAUAAUCGAGAAUAUUGCCAAAAUUAUCGUUUCUUUUUUAUCAGUUACGAUAGGCAUCGAUCCUGGAAUAGACCAGGUGCGUUUCUGUGCGAUGUCAAAGUUUCCGGCAGUCUGAAAAUGUCAAGAGGAAACUACGACAUUUAUUUCGACUUUGUAUCUACUGUUCGAGAAAAUUGUUCCCUAGAGAAUUUCGUGCAAGCAACAAACGAAGCUUCUUCGAUAGGAUGAUCACUGCGAUCCAGAGACAGUAUUACUUUAAGAAGAUCCGCUGCAAAGCUUGAUCGUCAAGCCGGAAAUCGUCCAGCAGAAUCUCGACUAACCUCGAAUACUCGUGUAGUUAGAAGCAAUAAUGCGGAGUUAUGGCUAAGAUACUCGACUCGACCCGAGACGAAGGAUCAACAGUGAGAUUAAACCUAAACAUCGGUCGGUAAGGAGUCGUCAACGUCGAAGACGUGAUUGUUUGUCUGAGUUCGUUUGAGAUCGUUGAGCACCGUCUGGAGACUCGUCGCGGGGAGUAGUCGCCGCCGUUUUGAAUUGAACUUGACAACGAUCGUGAUUGAACGAGGCUCAAUUGGAAGACCAAAGAACAGCUUUUCUCGUCGAAUAAUGAGAGGCUCUCGGUGGAAUUCUUCGAAAGCUCGACCCGAAGGCGUGCACCACCAAAGAGAGCGUACCAUCACAGACUCGAAUCAUGCAUGAUGAGCGGUGCGACUAGGCUCGAUCAGGAUUGGAUGAGAAUGGUCGAGUUACGCGGUGGCACCGGUAUGACGAGCGGGCUAAGCGGUCGGUCAUCGAGUCGUUUUCAUUACACUAUACUCACUAUUUUGGACACUGUGUUCGCGGCUACUGUGGCCGCCCCGGCGGUGGUUGGUUACUGGAGAGGUACCUGGGGCUUGAGCGACGUCUACGUCUAUCCGGAGGAUCCGGUUCUCAGCAGCUUGACCUCGAUAGUGAUCGGUUUCAUAGGGUUGUUCGCGUUCAACGUUUCUCAGAAUGUCCUGAACGAGCUUUUACACCCGGACAAACACAGAUUGUCGUAUUACGUCGGAUCCAGACUUUACACGGCCGUGUUCGGGUUUUGCUGCGUAAAUGCAUGGCGUGGCGCCUGGCAGGCCCUCGACCUGUACACGGAACACACAGCGAGCACCGUUUUCGCCACCACCGCCGUUAGCCUUCUAGCAUUGGCGAUCAUGCGUGCCAUCAGGAACAUUUCCGCGCCACCGUUCUCCCUUUGCUUGGACUCGUGUCCCGGAUACUUCGAAGUGCAAACCAUGUUUCGCGUGAACAACACGAGAGACUGGUCGUUGUACUUAUUGGAUUGUGCCUUCAGCGUUGGAGUGGUUGGUACGUUGGUUGUGUUCGUUUGGAGAGGUGUCUGGAUACUUUUCGACCUCUAUCUUUUUCCCAAAGAUCGAGAAUAUUCCGCGAUCGGAUCCCUCGCCAUCGGAUACAUGAUAGUGACGGUGACGUUUUCCUUGCAACCAUUGAUGCGGUACGCGUGUGCUCGUCUUCAAGGCUGGGCCCGUUUAAUAGCGGCCGAUGGUUUCCUGCUGCUCAGCUUCCUGGGCACGGUGAAUGUUUGGCGUGGCAUCUGGAACGUAUUGGAUCUGUGGCUGGUCCCGGACAACCGAGAAUUGUCCUGUUGGAUCACCCACGUUGGGUGCUUCGUAUUCCUCGUACUUCUCAACUGCAGCAAUUCCAUCCUCGUUCGCGGCGUUUACAUCGACGCCGAGGAGGACGACGGCAAAUGCGUCGUAUUUCCUUGCCACUAUCUUCGAUUAUUCUUCAAGGUCGAACGCGAGAAGAAGGAAGCGAGACGACGAAACCUGCUGGUUGCCUCGAAGGACUUUCGACCUCGACCAGAUGGAAAUACCAAAGACACCGAAAAUGGCGCGCUUCUAUCGAACAGCACCGCCACGACUAUUCUACCAACGAAUCCUGAAUCUCUCGUCUAAUAUAAACACCGAGGAAACAAGACUCCAAGAAUUCGACUGAAUUCCCUUUCUGAUACUCUCGCCGAUCCUCGUGCAAUAUCAAAAUACAGAAAGAAAAACCGGCUAUGGAAGGAACAUACUUUAAGAGGAAUCGGUUUAUACUAUUCUGUGCUCUCGGCCAGUGAUUGUAUUAAGUGAUAAGUUCAGGGUCACGGAAACUUUUCCAACACAAACAGAAUACACGGGCUUCAUAUUGAAGUCGUCGAGAAGUUUGUUAAGCAUCGACGAGUAGACGACAGGUAGACGAUGGAAUAAACACAACGAAUAGUGAAAUAGCCGUAUAGAUCGACAGAUAAACGUAGGUAGACACGCAGAUAGAUGCUUAGAACACCGAUUUAAGUUAAUCGAAUAGGUAAAUCGAUAUGGAAGAAAAGAGAAUGGAAUCGGGCAAGUUCUCACAAUGACGAAUUCAACGAAUGACUGUGAAAGAGUGACGAUUAUAUGUAUAUAAGGGACUGCAUGCAUGCAUGUGUACGUGUGUGUGUGCGUGAGUGGGUAGAUGAAUGUGUAAGUACAAGAAACCGAAUGUAUAUAAUUCUGACUUCGUGCAUGCUUCGAGCGCGGAUCUGUGCGAGUGCAUCCGGAGACGUCGACGAGACGAAACUGAACUUGCUUUGUUCACGACAGCGUACACACAAGCGUGUCGUUAAACGUAAGUUUUACACGAUAGAAGGUACGUGUAUAUACACGUAUAGAAACAUGCACAUGGCGAUUACUACUCGACGAUUUAUUCAAAAUUCAGAGCGAUUCCGUGGGACGAAUCCGUGCGUUUGGAUUGAAACGCUGGUUCAGAGAUCGAACCAUCGUGCGUUUUUUCCUGAUAAUGUUAUUGAUAUGAAAUCGAUAUGACACAGUGAAAUACGAAAGAUCGAUGGACGAUUAAACGAACGUGUUUGAUCAGCGAAUGUUUCAACUAUCCGUGACCCGAUUAAUUUACUCAACCGAUUUAUUUCACGUGAAACGAUUAGUUAAUAAGGACUCGUGAUUAUUUGAAAUAAAUAACGAGAGAAUAUCACAAGAUGAAAAGUGUUCGUCAGCGUCGAUUCCAUAGGAUUUCUAGUCAUCGUUAGUCGCCACCCUCAUCGUCGAUGCUCCAUUCGAUCGAGCAUUAUCGAAUUUAACCUUUGUCCGAACGCUAAUGAUUAUCAAGAGCGUACGCUUGUGAUCCUAGCGUUAGAUGAGACCUUGAUGAUGACAAUGGUAAUAGACUGGAUACGAUCAUUA